AUGCCUACCCUGGCCACUUACUCAGGCCCACUUUGGUCCUUUGCACCCAACCUCCUUGCUGUGCCUCGGUCAUUUCAGAACCCUUCCUCCCUCCAGGCUUUUGUCCUGGCAGCCCCCUCUCCCGGAGCUCUCUUUUCCUACCUGCGCACUGGCCCACACCCUUACCAACUUCAAAUGUCCCCUCUUUGUCCAGGCUCGGUGUCUCGACCGCAGCGCCGGCUUCGCCUCGGGGCAGCCAAGGUCAUUGGGGGAGUCACUGCCCUCCCUGUGAACAGCCCUAUGACUAAAGGGGACACCGAGGUGAUGAAGUGCAUUGUUGAGGUCAUCUCUGACUCACUGUCCAAGCCCAGCCCCAUGCCCGUCAGCCAAGACUGUUUGGAGAUUCUCCGAGGAGAUGAACGGAUCCUUUCCAUUCUGCGACACCAGAAUUUGCUAAGGGAGCUGCAAGACCUGGCUCUCCAAGGGACCAAGGAGAGGGCACGGCAGCAGAAGAAGCACAGCAGCUUCGAGGAGGAGCUCUCAGAGGUUGUGGAGAACCACAGCGACAAGGCCAAGCGGAAAGAGGUGACAGAGGAAUCAUCCCCAAAGGAUACUAUGGAGCAAGGAGGGGAUGGUAAGGAGGAGGAGAAUGCUGAAGCCACAGAAGAAGCGAGGCACCAGGCCCUCCCGGAACCUGGGCAGGGGUCUGUGAUCUUGGGAAGCAAGCAGGCCCCCAGCGACGAGGAUCAGGAGGAGGAGGAGGAGGAGGAGGAGGAGGAGAUGGCCCCCAACACCCAGCUGCCAGCCAGCCUUCCCAGCCAGAAAUACCCAGGCCCGCAGGCCGUGGGGAACAUGGAGGAUCCCGCCCAGGGUCUAGAGGACGGCAAGAAGGGCGUGGGCUCAGAGCAAGGGCAGCCCAUAAAGAGAGAAGAGGAGGAGGACGAGGAGAAGGAAGAGGCUGGAGAAAAGGCUGUACCUGGGGCAGAAGACCCCACCGCAGCUCUGAACUCCCACCAGGAUCUCAGUGACAAGGAGAUCCAGAAAGGUCGGUCGGAGGCCCUGGCUGUCGAUGGAGCUGGGAAGACUCAGGCUGAGGAGGCUCGGCCCCCGGAGGGGAAGGGAGAGCAGGAGCAGGAGGAGGAGAUGGCAGGGACCCCCCAAGGCCCCUUCCGCGGUGGGAAGAGCAGGGAGCUGGAGCAGGAGGAGGAGCGGCUCUCCCGGGAGUGGGAAGAUGCCAAGCGCUGGAGCAAGAUGGACCAGCUGGCCGAGGAGCUGGCAGCUGAGAAGCGGCUGGAGCGGGAGGACGAGGAGGAUGACCCCGACCGCUCCAUGAAACUCUCCUUCCAGGCCCAGGCCUACGGCCUCCGGGGCCCCGGGCCACAGCUUCGCCGAGGCUGGAGGCUGUCUUCCCGGGAGGACAGCGUCGAGGCCAGCCUGCCCCUCCAGGCCCGUGGCUUCCCUGAGGAAAAGAAGGAGGAGGAGGGCAGCGCCAACCGCAGAGCAGAGGACCAGGAGCUGGAGAGCCUGUCGGCCAUCGAGGCAGAGCUGGAGAAAGUGGCCCACCGGCUGCAGGCGCUGCGGAGGGGCUGAGGCACCAGUGGGGGCAGCCAGCCAGGGCCCCAAGUCACCCCUUGGUCCUGCCUCUGUUGUCCCCUCUACAGGUCCUGGUGAGAUGGGCUGGACGCUGCUUCUGGUAGGCUAGUGUCCUCCAGCCCACCCAAGCCCAGGCCACCCUGUCACCCCCACACUCUUCUCCUCUGCUCUCACCCUUCCCUGAGCACCCACCUCGGGGUGCCCCGUAAUCGUCAACACAGAUUAUUCCUCUGUGAGCACGGCAGCUUUCUAGAAGUUCCCCCUCCACCUUUGCACCCACUGGGCACAACUGCGGUAACUUCUGACUUUUUGGUGAAAGCUGAGAACUCCUGACUAUCAUAUAUUCUGUAAAAAGUUUAUCUAAGGAAAAAUAAAUCUGCU